GACUCCGGCCCCAAGCCUCGCUGUCUAGUGACCAACCUCCAACUCCCCAACUACAUCAACCACGACGCCCCUCCCAAAAAGAAGAAACCCUUCUCCAUCAUCCUCAACCAACUUCACAGCCACACCCUCGAACUCCUCGUGCCCGCGACAUGCGCCGAAGUCCUGCAACAACACCUCUCAUCAGCCAAAGAAACGGGACUUCUCCACUACGCGAAAAUCCACCUGAAACUCCUCGACAUCAUCUCCGGCGACUUCUUCACAGAAUACAUCCAAAGCCCCGGCGGGGAAAACACAAAUCUUUCCAUGCUUUCCGAAGGGCGACCGGGGAUCGACGAGGUCUAUAGAUUCCACCGAGGGAAAUUAUCCAUCGAGGUCGACAAGCCGACCUUCGAACGCGUGGGGCUGCAAGGGAAUGUCAUUCCGUCACGGGGGAGGAAACAUGUUGAGCAAAGAUAUCUUAUCGAGAUCGAUCUUCGGAGUCCGAGGAUGGUGGAUGGGAAGAAAGGGUUUGAGAGGAUGAAACGGGCGUUUGAGAAUGUGUUGAAUGAGACGAAGACGUGGUUGGUUGUGGAUUUGGAGAAUUCGGGGGCAUUGGAAGGUGGAGGAGCGAUGAAAGGUUUUGCGCCUUUGUUUAAACAGGUGGAGGCUACGGUUGAGAAGGUCAAGGAGGCUUUAGUUCCUGCUUGGCCGGAAGAAGUGAAAGAGGAAGAUUAUGUGGAGGCUGCGGAAUUGUUGGAGUGGAUUGGUUUGGCGAUGAUGGGGUCGCCGAGGAUUGAGAAGGGGGAUGAUGUGGAUCCUUAUUUGUGUCGGUAUCAGGUUCCGACUGCUUUCGGAGAGACGACGACACAGGAUCUGGUUAGGCUACGAUGGCGAGGGCCCAUUUAUCCGGCAUUUGCGCAGAGACUAUUUCUUGCCGCCCUUAAA